CAUUACGUCAUCUCCGGAAAUUUUAUAUAUGGCGGCGCGAAUUCUAGGUAUAAUCACGUGACCCGAUGCCAUUGUGAGAGCAGACCUAGAUACCUGUUAUUGUAUAUAGAGUUGUGUAAAUACUGUAUAUGAUGAGCACAGCGGUGAGCACAUCCCGUGCUAGCAGUAGGCCGAGUAAAGACAAAAAUGCAAAAGCUGCAUCACGGCCGCAAGUAAAGACCGAAGAUUCCUCUUCAAAGAUGCACCAGGCAACACCAGAACAGCUGCGCCUGGCACAGAUCUCACAGAUAAGUGAAGAUGAAGCUGUAUUUAGACAAAAAGUACAGCAAAUAAUUGAUCUGACAGGCAAAGCCCAAGUUGAGUGCGAGAUAGCAUUACACGAUUGCCAGCAAGAUACUGAAGGAGCAGUGAACAUGCUUUUAGAGGGUGAAAAUUAUCAGGGUGAGUGGCGAGAAACUGGUGGAAAGAAAAAGAAAAGAGCCAAUCCUCCAAAUAAGUCAGAAGCACCACAGAACAAUGCUGAUGAGAAGCCUGACAAAACAGAACAAAGCUUUGAACCCCGUGAACGGCCAGACAGAAGUGGUGAUAACAGACCAGAUAGCAGUUCUCGCCGAGGUCGGCGAUUCGACAGUCGCCCACCACGAUUGGCCCGUGGACGAGGAAGAGAAAGAGGGGACGGUGCAUUCAGGGGGAACAGGGAUAACAAUAAUGACCAUGAUGGUAAAGAGAACGGUUUUGGGACCUUUGACAAAGAUCGAGACACAGAUAACCGAGGGAGAGGCAGAGGAAGAGGAAGGGGAGGACCUCGAAGAGGAGGAAGAGGAAGUUCUAACAGGAAUCCUAGGUUUGACAAAGGGCCUCAGAUAGACACGUGGACAAAUGAAACAGCAGCAAAUGCAGAGAAGAAAAAUGCAUCAAGUCAUUGGGAUUCUAUGGAAGAUUGGAGCGAGGACACGUGGACUGGAAGUCAGUUAGCAGAAACAAAAGUAUUCACAGCAACAAGCACACAGGAAGAUCCGAUACCUGAGAACACAACACCUAUGGCUGACACUACUAAUACUCUUGGACAGAGGUUGGAUUUGGGGGCCCUUUCACAAAAGCCAGCCAAUGAUCCCCUAGAAUCAGCUUACAUAUCACAGUACAACCAACAGGCCACAGAAAGUAUAAAAAAUUCUAUAGGCAUUGGAUCAUCCCCGCGACAGAAUCUGACUAAUCAGCUUGGUGGCUCAGCUUUGACCAAUCACAUGCAGUCUGGAUCCUUGUCAAGUCAGUUGCCGUCAUCAUCGCUAUCCAAUCAGCUUUCGGUUUCGCAACAGUCCUCGUCUAAUGCCAUUAAUGCAUUGGUGUCCUCGUUUGGUCAGAAUCAAACCUCUUACAGUCAGAGCUCUUCAGGAUUCAGCCAGAGUGUGUCGGCCUACAGUCAAAGUCCGCCUGGGUACAGUCAGACUACCUCAGGGUUCAGCCAAGGUCAGUCGACAUACAGUCAGAGUCCGUCGUCUGUUUACAGCCAGAAUCAGUCUUCGGCUUACAGUCAGAGUCAGCCAUCCGGCUUUAGCCAGAACACUGGGUCUGUAUACAGCUCGAGCCUGGAACAAAACAGUGGUGGACAGGUGGAUUCCGUGCCCUCUUCUCAGUCGGGUUUACAACAGCGACCUAAGUCCCAAAGAACAAAACUACCACCACCAUCCAAGAUUCCAGCCUCUGCAGUAGAAAUGCCUGGACACAUGACGAAAAGGUUAGAUGUCCAGUUUGGAACUUGGGAAUUCGGAUCUGAUAAUUCAUCACCUUUUAGUUUUGGUGGAGAACCAUCUGUUACAAGCAAUUUGACAAGUUCUGGUGCUAGCAGUACAACUCCAACGAUAAGUGGUCACUUGCCCCCUCAGCAGGUGAGUAGUAAACCAAAUGAGUCUGUGAUCUCCUCCUCCAUAAUGACCACGCCUCCCGCUAAUAGUACCUCAGCUAUGUCGGGCGGUGACCAGACCUCUCCCAGGACCAACAUUUUCCAGGCCUCCCCCUACACCACUCCUACCAAGAAGGACUCUGCAUCACGCAAUCAGAGCAAGAUGAGUCCACCAGAGCCUAUUCCUUUCCCUCCAUCUCAGUCCGACCGGAAAUCCAGUCCAAUGAUCAACUCACAGCAUCCAGGAUCCUCCAGCUCUCUCGCGUCUGGACCUUUGGCAACAUCCAAGCCAGAUUCCAGCAACUUAAGUUCUUACAAUCCAUCUACGCAAGGUUAUGCAUCAACAACAUAUCCAUCGCAAAAGACAGGACUAUCCACUAAUUCUGGUCGAUCUAGUGCCACAGGGCUUUCAAGCAGUGCUGGACUGUCAAACUCAGCUGGACUGUCCAAUGCAGCAGGGCUUUCAAAUUCUACAGGAAUUGCAAAUAAUUCUGGUCUUUCAAAUUCAGCUGGACUUUCAAGUACAUCAGGAUUCUCGCAUUCAUCCUCAUCACAGCCAGGGUCUUACCAGAACCAGUAUCAGACUGGCUCAAACCAGUAUCAAACUAGUCAGAACCAGUUCCCUAGUGGACAGGCUCAGUACCAAAGUGGACAAAGUCAGUAUCAGUCUGGCCAGAAUCAGUUCCAUAGCAGUCAGACCCAAUUUCAGAACUAUGGACAGUCCGCUGGGUCGUCAUUCCAGAAUCCGAGUUCAUACUCAAGUGGAAGUGGCUCCUACAGUGGAUCGAGCCAGCAAAAUCAAGGCAAUCUGUAUCAGUCAUCUGCCACAAAUUCUUACCAAUCUCACUCCAAUCAAAACUCACUCUAUCAUCAAGGCAAUUCAUCACAGACCACAUCAUAUCAACCACAGACAAACUCAUCAUCUUAUCAUGGUGCCCGAGAUUCGCAAGCUGGAUCUUACCCUACAAGUGUUAGUAGAGACUCACAGUCGGCUUCAUUUCAGGCCAGCGUGAGCCAGUCAGGGUCGUAUCCAACUAGUGGAAGUCGGGACUCGCAGACAGGUUCGUCAUUCCAGGCGUCUGUCACACAGUCUAGUGCUACUUCGUACCAAAGAGACAGUCAGUCGGCACUGUCGACACCUACCACACAGACACAGUCGGUAUACACUACCUCUCAGGGGUAUGGUUCAUCGCCACAUCAAAACAGCUUGCCAUCAACCUUACAAACGUCGCCACUGUCUGGAGUGUCCGCUAAUAAGAUCAGUGAAACUUUGUCAAAGAUGACUGUGAAAGACUCGCCUUUGGAUACUAGGCAAUCUCCUCAGUAUGACAGUUCCACAUCUACAACGACGAGUAACUUGAUGACAACAACAAUAACAACGUCUCUGGCGACAGGAACAACUACUCCAUCAGCUGUUGCGUCUACUAUAGCAUUAACAACAACAGUAGGAUCCACCAAAGUCAUGACUGCUCCUACAACAAGCACCACAAAGAACACUCCAAGCCUGCCUCCAGGUGUAUUGCUGGGUCACCACCAGUACAUCAUGGGACAGGGAACAAUGCCACCAUACUUUGGGUUGCAACAGCCCCUGUAUGCAAGCUACACCGAUGAGCUUCAGCUUCAACUUCAACAGAGAUUACCCCCCGCCCUGGCAAAUUACAAUUACGAUAUGUCAGGAUUUGGUGUGCCAACUACCAUGACUGGACGAGAACAGACAACACUAGGAAAUGUGCCAUACUCUGCAGCAGACAACAAGAUUGGUAGAGUGGACGCCCAGUCCCCCAUUCCUGCUUCCCAACAACAGUCAACACAACAGUCUGCUCACCAGCAGCAACACUUCAUCAAUGUCCCAUACGGCUACUACUACGGCCCCUCUGUCUUACCAUCAGCAGGAUUCCAGUACCCUGCCACUAUGUUUCCGGUGCCACCAGUAACAAAUACAGCCCACGCUGGAACAACAGCUAACACCCCAUACCAGAAAACAUACGGUGCAUCACACGCGUAUGCCAGCAAUAAAGGAGGAUAUGAAGAUCUGACACAGGGAACAGACUUUAGCAAGUCGACAUAUGGAAACCCAGCACAAAACAAGGUUUCAGGAGUAUCAGGUACAGACAAUCAAUCUGGAUCUGUUGCAUCGGUGCCGGGAGCCGCUGAUAUGCCUGGAUCGGGCUAUGGCAAGUCCCACACACAGAUGAUACUUCUUACUGAUAAAGUAAAGAAAUAUCCACAUCGGAGCAGUAGUGAAGCAUUUGACAAACAGGGAUUCCAUGCAGGAACACCACCCCCAUUUAAUCUGCCAAUGGCGACAGGUACGCAGGCCGGACCUCUAGGGGCUCCCACGACUCCCUACGGUGCUGCCCCCUUUAUGAACGUGCCGAUGAUGCCCCCACAUAACCAGAUGCUCCAUCCCAAUAUGCAGCAGGAUUCCACGACCGGGUCAUCACGAGGCUCUCAUGUACAUAGCCAACAGAACAGCACCCAGGCAAAGGCAGGUGGUGCCAAGGCAUACGCAAACAGUAACUGGACCUACUAGAGGGUCCCUGGAGACAGGAUCCCUGGGAUUAUAGGGAGUCAGGUUAAAACCUGCAGACUGGUAGGAUCCUGGGUUGCUGGGAGUCCAGCUAAAACAGGCAGACUGCUGUCACAAUGGAAUAUGAGGCCACCACUGCUGGUGUUAACGAUUCAUGAUGGUUACCAAAUCUUGUGUUUGUUUGUAGCGAGAAAUUUUUGAAUCUUGUGUAUCUUUCUAGUGUUGGUAUAUUUUAAACAUUGAUACUAGAAUCCCAAUUUAUGAAAUGCUGUUCUGCGGUUGUACAUGGCUUUUGAGACGUGUGUGUUUGUGUCGGCUUUGUAGAUUUACCUGUGUCCGUCUAGAUCAUCUUGAGCCCAGUGUAUUGUACAAGGCAAUCAUCUAAAGCUUCUCUCCUAAGGGGUUGUAUGUAUGUGUUAAAGUAGCUAUGUAUGACUAUAUACAAAUAUAUAUAUUGGGGCUUGUCUGCAAGAUUACUCAUUUUAUAAAGUUUAAAAGAACGGAUACGAUAUAAACAGGAAUUUCGUUACAUAAAUUCCACUCUGUAGAUUCCUUAAAAGGAUUUGAGUAGCAAACAUUAAUCAAAGAUGGUGCCUUACGAAGCGAUAACAGGAAAGCUCACCAGAAGGUGACGCAUUAUAAAGUUCUAGGUGAACUUGAUGGACCCUAACCAUAAUCGUUCAAUAUGAAGGACCACGUUUAAGGAGGUCCAUGUUAUUGAGUAUUUUCCUUCUUUUCACAUUUAAUAUUUUUCCAAAUCAUGUUUUAUUCAGAUGUAAAUACCACAUUUAGAGCAUUGUUUGUUUAAAAGCUUGAUAUAUAUAUACAUAUUUGGACGGGGUCCAUCAGCUUCACCCAACUUAGAUCGAUGAAAUAUUUAAAAAAAAAAACGGAAUUCUAGUUAAGGUAUCAAAGGGUCACGUCAAGGUUUAGUUUUGUGUAUCACCUUAAUUUGUUUUAUUUAAAUGUGUGCUCACAAAAAACAGAUUUGUUUUUCAUUAUUAAUAUUAUGAUCAUUGUAUCCUUUGAACUUACCUGUGUUGAGUAUAAUAUUAUUAUUAUUAUUAUUAUUAUGGUAAUUCGUAGUAGAUGUGCAUGUGUACAAAUUCAUUGAACAUUAGUCGAAGAAAUUCCAGAUUUUUUUUGUCCUGGUGAAUAGAUUAUUGUAGAGUUUCUGAAGAUUUUGUAUUGUAAAUAUAUAAAUAUAUAUAUCUUUAUCAUCCAGUAUGUUCAGAGGAUUUUGCCUUUUUUUUUUAAACUGGAGCCAUUAAGUAACGUACAUUUCCUAUUGUGCUCAUAAUAAUAAAAAAAACUGAAUGAAAUAUUGAAUUUG